UCUUCGCCCGUCAGCUCGCAGCCACAUCUGAGCCAAUGGUAGCGCGGACGCGGCUCCCGCAGCCAAUGACGGAGCAGCGUCGGCGCGCACUGCUGUGGACGACGGCGGCGGCUACCAUGGACUGGAGCAGCGUCCUCUUCGGUCUCACUAACUUUUAGCAUUAAGUUUCCGCACGAGCGCAACGGAGUGAGGCCGCAGACGCUGCUCUGAGCAGCCAUGGGCGAGAUCGAGGGUUCAUACCGGGUCCUGCAGACCCCCGGCACCAGGCUGGGGGCCCAGUUCAACGCUGGUAUCAGCACCUUGGAGCCGGGCCAGAGCCUCAGUGCCAACAUGGUCACUGGGAGCAAAAGCCAUGGGCGAGGACUGCAGGUCCGCGUGCAGGCGCUGGAUGAGUCCCAGGAGUUCUUCGACAUAGAUUCAAAAGCUCUUGGACAAGCUCUCCUCUCCGAGGUUUACCACAGAGGCAACCUCAUCGAGAGUGAUUACUUUGGCCUCGAGUUUCAGAACAUGCAGAUGAACUGGGUUUGGCUUGAACCCACAAAGCCCAUUGUGAAACAAGUAAGAAGACCAGCAAAUACACUAUUUAGACUCUCUGUAAAAUUCUUUCCUCCGGACCCCGGUCAGCUGCAGGAGGAGUACACAAGGUACUUGUUCUCGCUGCAGAUGAAGAGAGACCUGAUAGAGGGCAGAUUGAUCUGCACUGAAAACACAGGCGCUCUGCUGGCCUCUCACCUUGUCCAGUCGGAGAUUGGCGACUACGACGAUGCAGCAGACAGGGACUUUCUGAGGAUGAACAAGCUGUUGCCUUACCAAGAGAAGGUGCAGGAGAGAAUCAUGGAGCUCCACCGGAGGCACCUGGGCCAGUCUCCCGCUGAAUCAGAUUUCCAAAUCCUGGAAAUCGCUCGUAAACUGGAGAUGUAUGGAGUUCGCUUCCACCCAGCAGCAGACCGGGAAGGCACCAAGAUCGACCUGGCUGUGGCUCAUAUGGGUCUGCAGGUUUUUCAGGGCCACACAAAAAUAAAUACCUUCAACUGGUCCAAGAUUCGCAAACUUAGUUUCAAAAGGAGGCGGUUCCUCAUCAAACUCCACCCAGAGGUCCAUGGCCCCCAUCAGGAUACUCUGGAGUUUCUGAUGGCCAGCAGAGACCAGUGUAAAGUCUUUUGGAAGAUCUGUGUAGAGUACCACUCAUUUUUUCGCUUACUAGACCAACCUCAACCCAAAUCCAAAACUAUGCUCUUCAAUAGAGGCUCUUCCUUCAGAUACAGUGGGAGGACUCAAAAGCAGCUCGUGGAGUAUGUCAGGGAAAAUGGAUCAAAGAGAACACCAUACCAGAGGAGAAACAGUAAAGUACGAAUGUCUUCUCGAUCCAUCGUAACAGAUGUGCCAAAACAGAGUUUGUCAUUCAAUGACAGUCUCAGAACCACAGCCUCCCCUGCCUCUGCUACUGUUUCCUUCCAACCAGCACACAUCUCCGGCCUCCUCCCAAGAUCAGAACUCCAACCUCAGCCUCUGACCGCGCUGCAUCGGUCUCCAGUGCUUCCCCAGCAGUACCAGAACCAGCAGCAGGUUCAGUUCCCGCUGCAAGCUGCCAGACCCCCCAGCCCACCGAAGGAAGAACCUGUCAAGGCUGCUCCCCCAUCUCACUACGCUUUUCAAGACUCGACCGUGGACAGCCCUCAGCUCUCGCCCUUCAACUCCAAGGGCCCCCUCUGCCUGUCGCCCUCCUUCCAGAUGUCGACCCUCAGCCUGCCCGGCCAGACGCCGUCGCCCCUGCAAAGCCCCAUCCUGAGCGAGGUGGGCAGCAAUGCCAGGCUAGAGGAGGAGGAGGAGGGCAGGAGGAAGCGAUAUCCAACGGAUAAAGCCUAUUUCGUUGCCAAAGAGAUUCUGACCACAGAGCGGACCUACCUUAAGGACCUCGAGGUCAUCACAGUGUGGUUCCGCAGUGCUGUGAUCAAAGACAACGCCAUGCCCGAAGGCUUGAUGACCCUCCUCUUCUCCAACAUCGAUCCCAUCUAUGAGUUUCACCGAGGCUUCCUCAAAGAGCUGGACCAGAGGCUGGCUCUCUGGGAAGGACGCUCUAACGCUCACGUCAAAGGGGACUACCAGAGGAUCGGCGACGUCAUGCUGAAGAACAUGUGUGCCCUGAAGGAGUUCACCGGCUACCUGCAGAAGCACGACGAGGUGCUGACAGAGCUGGAAAAAGCCACCAAAAGGCUGAAGAAGCUGGAGACGGUCUAUAAGGAGUUUGAGCUGCAGAAGGUCUGCUACCUGCCCCUCAACACGUUCCUGCUCAAGCCCAUCCAGCGCCUCAUGCACUACAAACUCAUCUUGGAGAGACUGUGCAAGCAUUAUUCCCCUGCACACCGCGACCACGAUGACUGCAAACAGGCUCUGAAGGAGGUAGCAGAGAUCGCCACCCAGCUGCAGAGCAGUCUUAUCCGACUGGAGAACUUCCAGAAGCUAACAGAACUUCAGCGAGACCUGAUCGGCAUAGAGAACUUAACAGCACAAGGCAGAGAAUUCAUUCGAGAGGGGUGUCUGUACAAACUCACCAAGAAGGGACUGCAGCAAAGAAUGUUUUUCCUGUUCUCAGACAUGCUCCUCUACACAAGCAAAGGCGUCACUGCGACCAAUCAGUUUAAAGUGCACGGCCAGCUGCCUCUUCACGGCAUGAUACUCAUAGUGCUGGAUGCACCGAUUGAGGAAAGUGAAAAUGAGUGGUCCGUCCCCCACUGCUUCACCAUCUACUCUGCUCAGAGGACCGUGGUGGUGGCUGCCAGCUCCAAGGUGGAGAUGGGGAAGUGGAUCGAGGACCUGAACAUGGCUAUAGACCUGGCCAAGAAGUCUCAGGAUAAAUCCAGCAUCUUCCUUGAUGCAGAACUGGGCGAUCGCUCCAACCGAUCAUCCGACGAGGUUUCUCUUGAGCAGGAGUCGGAGGAUGAUAUGAACUCUUCUCGCACUUCACUGGACAAGCAGACACACCACCGUGCCAACACAACCAUGCACGUGUGCUGGCACCGCAACACCAGUGUGUCUAUGUCUGAUCACAGCCUGGCUGUGGAGAACCAGCUGUCCGGCUACCUGCUGAGGAAGUUCAAGAACAGCAAUGGGUGGCAGAAGCUCUGGGUAGUUUUUACCAACUUCUGCCUCUUCUUCUAUAAGACUCACCAGGAUGACUUCCCCUUGGCGAGCCUCCCCCUGCUCGGCUACACGGUGAGCACCCCCGACGAGUCGGACAGCAUCCACAAGGAGUACGUCUUCAAGCUGCAGUUCAAGUCCCACGUCUACUUCUUCAGAGCGGAGAGCGAGUACACCUUCGAGAGAUGGAUGGAGGUAAUCAAGAGUGCAGCCAGCACCACGGGCCGGAUGAGCCUGCUCAUACCUAAAGGAGGUACCAUGGAGAUGAACGGGACCUGAAUCAGACCCCGCGUUUCUGGAGGCUGGGCCUUCACAGCGUCAAGACUUUAAUCAGUCAAGCAAUGGAAACGCCUAAAGACUGAAAGAUGCUCAUGUUUUAAUUGUUAACAUUUCUUUCCUAAAUGCUUGUGGUCUGUAAGUUUCUUUGAUUCAAUGAUGUAAAUGAUAACAUUUGUUCCAGUAUGCAGGAUAUAAUGAAAGGGAGAGCUGUACAUUAUAAGUUAAUUGCAUAUGUAGUGCUAAGUUUAUCCGUUUAUGCUGACUGAUUUUUGGGGAAUACCGUUUUAUGGGACCAAAUCCUACACAAAGGGCUUAAAUCCAACAUUUUUCUAAGGGACUUCUGUCUGUGAUGACUGAAGCUUUGUUGGGUGCAGCUCUAUUAGUAGGACACAAAUGAUGACAUAGCACGUGGGAAAUGAAGGUAUAAAAUAGCUGCUUUGAAAGAGCCUGUGGUGUGAGUGAGGCGAAGGCGAGAAAGAAGGUUUACGGCACGUUGAGAGAAGUUUAAGACAAGUCGUUCUGGGAGAUGCAUCAAAGGUGCUGCUGUUUAGCAAAGGUUGUUAGGAAGGUUUUAGGGCAUGAACCUGGACAAAUUGUUUGCAUUAGUAGUAUUUAUUUCUAAAACUCUUCAUUUUGCCUGAUGAAGAGAAGAAAUCCAAGCUUGUUUGAAAUGCUGAGGAAGCAGCUGCUGUUUAAUUUGCCUGCUCACUUACAGUAGGCAGCGUUACGGCCAGUUUGGUGCUACGUUUCUCUUUCAUACUCGUGUAACGUCUUCAUCCUGGGACUGUUUCUGCAUUGGGAUGAUGACUAGAGGAAAUGCUGUGCAGUGCUUGCUCUAGUGUUUACUUUGUGUAAAAGGUAGCAACUUCUUUCUAAUCCAAGCAGACGAACACUUUGAAGUAACUACUUGGUGUGUGUGACUGUAGACAAGCGAGACCCCUUUAACUCGCUUCAUGCUAUCCUUUAAUACACCCUUUGUAUGAAGACUGGAAUCUUUAGUCUCUGCAUGUGCAGUUGUGUGUGUACAGCAUGUGUGUAUUUUGAGUGUAUGAGAUGUGCGGAAAAGCCAACUGCGUAGUCCUGGCUACAUCAGCUCCACCUCUGGAGCUGUGGAUGAUGACGAUGAUGAUGAUGAUGGAGGUCAAACUCGAAGUAUUCUGCAUUCAAGCAUUCUGCUCAUGUGAGACUGACUCUGUUGCACAGUAAAUGUCCAGCAUGUUACUCCUAUUUAUUGUUUAGCGUGUCCUGUCUCCUGUAGUCUCCAUGUUAUUCUACUUCCUAACAAAUAAAAAAAAAUCAAUCUGA